UUUUCUUUCAUGAAGCUCACUCAGCAUCAUCAAACAUCAAAGUAUCUAAAACUUCUCAACGUCUGUUUCCGUGACACGUUCUGUUUCCUUUUCCGUAUUCUGUCUGUCAUCCAUUUGCUUACACGACGCAUUGGGAGUCAAGGAGCGGAUUUGGCGUUCGUCGCUGAGAUGUGGAGCUGCGGAAAAAUUGCACUGUUUUAGGUUGUGAGGCCGACGCUGCUGAGAUCGAGAUUGCAGUGAUCUGCACCAGCGACGCUCGGUGCGAUCUAUCAUCGCUGUGGAAAGAAUGAAGGAAAUUUUGACGCUUCAAGUAGGAGGUUACGCGAAUUUCGUCGGGUCUCAUUUUUGGAAUUUCCAGGAUGAAAUUCUUGGAUUGGGAGAAGAUGGCUGCGAGGAUGCAAUGAUUCCUACUCACGGCUUGAAUAUGGGCGUGCUUUACAGACAGGGUGAAACGCGGCAGCGGAUAGCAACAUACACUCCACGCUUAUUGUCCAUUGACUUACGUGGAAGCUCAGGUGCCGUAAAUCCAUCUGGAAGCUUGUAUGAGCGACCUCCUGCAGCUGAACUCAACUCUAUCACAACCUGGCAUGGACCUGCAGCGACGUUUAGAGCGGAGCGGUAUGAGAAAAACAAGUUUUUGCAAAGCUUGGACGAGGAAGAAAAAUGGUUGUCAGGAGGAGCUCAAGGCCUUGAUCAUACUCGUGCCGAGACCAGUUCACGAGAUGCCACCGACCUGGCAACCCAAGAAGCGCAUGUGCGGGAAGCAAAAGAACAAGAACGAGCUGUGAUUCAAAGUCUAGAAGACGGAGUCCAAUUCUCAACCGAUUAUUUGAAGGCUCAACUCCACCCCUCGAGCACGUACGAAAUUGCAGGGUUAUGGCAGGGGGUGACUUCAUUCGAGGACUACGGUUGUGGCCAGGGCCUUUUCUCUACUGGGGAGCAAGCUGAAGAAAUACGUGACAAAGUCCGAUUCUUUGUGGAGGAGUGUGACUCUAUACAGGGCUUUCAAUGUAUCGUCGACGACUCAGGUGGAUUUUCUGCAGUUGCAGCAGACUUUCUGGAAGACCUUGCAGAUGAAUAUGGAAGAACACCUGUUUCCUUGUUCACAGUGCGAGCUCCAAAGAGAGUUCAAGAGUCAAAAAGCACCAACAGGCAGAUUGUUCGUGCUCUUCAUGAUUCUGUCUCAUUAGCAAGACUUGCUGCUGUUGCUCAACUUACGAUUCCUCUGGGGCUUUCGCAACUUGCAACAAGUUCAUUUGCGGAACACCUAGUGAUUAAAGAUGAGAAGGAUUUCCACACAAGCGCAGUGUAUGCAGCUGCCAUAAACUGCAUCACCUUACCCUACAGAAUGGAAGGUUCCGGACCAUCCAUUACCUCACAAAAAGCUGGUUUGGGCAGCCUGGAUAUGGGUAGCGCCUUGCGGUUAGUUUCAUGCUCGUCCUCAAGGAGAGUAGCUUUGUUGGAAGCGAAUUUGCCCUCACCCGCUUUAUGUGACAUUCAAGGUCAAAGUGUCUAUAAUGUGCAAAAGCUAUCACCGUUAACUCCAAGCACAGGAAAAGCUACCAAUGGAAGUCAUGUUGCAGAGAUGAUGGUUCUUCAGGGUACACAGUUACCAGGAUCCGGAGUACCAGCCACAAUCGCCCAAGUACAGGAAAGUGUUGCCAAGGCCGGCGAAAUAGCUGUUAAAGCUCGCAGAAACUCGAGGCAGAGCUUGAGGAUCAGCCAUCUUGCAGUAUCUCAGUGCCCACUGGCAGUCCCCUUACCUUUUCCGUGUAUUUUUUCAUCUUACAUUGGGAAGUAUGGGAAUAUAUUACCGCGGCCCAAUGUGAUUAGUAAGCAAGGUAGAGGUGGUAUUGAUGUAAUUUCUGCGCCUGUUGCUGCAAGGGUAAGCACGAGUAGAGGUAUACUUCCCUUCAUUAAACGGAGGUCACUAGACAUGCAACAGUUAGCUCUUGCCCGUUCAACAACAGGUCCUUCAUUAAUGCAGGACUGGGGUUUUGCAAGGGAAGAGGUACAAGAACUAAGUGAAAGUCUGUCAAGUAUGAUAGCUGCUUAUGGUGACGAGGUUGAGAGUGAUACUUCUGAUACCGACUGAAGAUAUCGAAAAUCUUGCGUAUGGGCAGAGAAUCAGUGCAAAGUGAUGCAGCUAUGAGUUUAUGAGACGUGUCUAGUGAGAAAGUGAUGACAGGACUUUGUCGACAGGUCUUACAAUAGUGAUGUUACAUGGAGUUGGACGGCUAAAAUUCGGAUUAGAUGAUGAUUGGCUAUCAUCCUUUAGACCUCUAGAUGGCGUGAAGCCAGUAGUUAUCUUGGUAUGAGAUUCUUUUGUUGGCAAGGCAGUUUUGUUAGGGAUGUUUAUAUGCUGAGCCUUCGAGCACGUGGAUUGGUCUUUCUUUGAGAUCAGGAGAGGGUCGGAUGGGGAGGUUAAUUUGAAGUUUACAGUAAAGGGAAAUACUUUCACCUUCGAGUCAAGGCACUUGUGCAUGCAUUGCUAGAUUCAGGGUAUAUUUCAUAUUAAGGUCUGAGAUGGUCUAUAUUUUCUGACAUACUGGAAGCGAGAUACCCACAUGCUCACAGGGCCCUCUGAAGAUUAUUAUUGAAGGUAAAUUUCGUCGCCCUGCCUACAACGACACAUUUAGCUACAGCCUUUCGAAAGUUCGAAAGUCCGAAAGACUGGCUCUUACGCAGCUACUUAUACCCUGUGUUACUCACUGAGGAAUUCGUGGCGUAUAGCAGUUGUUUUUGGGUAUGAUCCAAGUGUUAUGAUAUUUGCCCACGGACAAGAUCAUGGUGAUUGAUGUUCAAGAAUAUGCACUUUCCGUCUACAGUA